UUAGAAACACCUUUGGCAAAAAUUAAUAUCUCGGACAAUGAGCAGACGUAGCAUAUUUUUAUUGAGGUAGUUACACAGUAUGAAGAUUUUCUGGGGAUGACAUUUGGGCAUCUGCUACAGACAUCAAGAGUGAUAAUAAGACUGGUUAUUGGCAACAGAUUAAUCCGACAUCCAAGAUUAUAUGUAUCCACAAAGAUGGCAAAUACAACAGAGAUUGUGAAGUCAUUAAAUGACAAAAGGGAAUACAGAUUGUUGUUUCUAGAGAAUGGUUUACGGGCAUUGUUGAUUUCUGACCUUGAUGGUGAAGAUCAGUCCACCGUUGAAGAUGAGAAUCAGUCUGACUCCGAGGAGGAGUCAGUCGGGUCUGAUAAAUCUGAGGAUGAGGGCAGUGAUAUGGAAGUUGAUGACAUGUCAGAUACUGAAAAUGAACUUGGGCAAGAAAAAAAGUCAGCAGCAGCUCUAUGUAUUGGUGUUGGAAGUUUCUGUGACCCGAAUGAUAUCCCUGGAUUUGCCCACUUCUUGGAACAUAUGGUAUUUAUGGGAAGUGAGAAAUAUCCUACGGAAAAUGCCCUUGAUGACUAUCUGUCAAAACAUGGAGGAUAUACAAAUGCAUGGACAGAUCAUGAGAGGACUUGCUUCUAUUUUGAAGUAGAGAGGAAUGCUUUCCAUAAAUCUCUGGACAAGUUUGCUCAGUUCUUUGUUGCACCAUUGUUGCUACAGGACAGUGUGGACAGGGAGAUUGAAGCUGUUGAUAGUGAGUUUCAGGAGCGUGUUGCCAGUGACAGUGACAGACUUAAUCAUAUCUUGGUUUCAACAGCUAAACAGGGAAACCCCAUGUCCAAAUUCCUGUUAGGAAAUUUAAAAAGUUUAAGGACAACACCAACAGAAAAAGGAAUAGAUAUAUACGGGCAACUGAGAGAUUUCUUCAACAGAUAUUAUACGGCCCAGUAUAUGACACUAGCAGUACAUUCUAAACAUAGUCUUGACACACUGGAAACUUGGGUAAAAGAAAGCUUCAGCAAUAUACAUAACAACAAAGAAGCACCAGUAUCUUUUCACAAGUUCAAAGAGCCGUUUGAUACUGCAGAAUUUAGAAAAUUAUAUAAAGUUGUGCCUAUAGAAAAAACCCACAAACUGUAUGUAACCUGGUCACUGCCACCCCAGCAGAGGUUGUAUAGGGUAAAGCCGAUUGAGUACAUAUCAAACUUAUUGAACCAUGAAGGGGAAGGAAGUAUAUAUUCUUAUCUUAAGAAAAGAAUGUGGGCUGUAGAGUUACUUGGAGGUAACACAGGUGAAGGGUAUGAUAUGAACACAACUUGGACUGGACUGGAUAUCUGUGUGACGCUGACAGAUGAUGGACUCAAACAUUGGAGUGAGGUUGUCAAGGUGAUAUUUCAAUACAUUGACUUGAUGAAGAGAGAAGGACCCCAGGAAAGUUUCUAUGAUGAACUCAAAGUGAUAGAAGAAACAAAGUUCAGAUGGAAAGAGAAGGGUGAUCCGGCUGAAUAUGUAGAAAAACUUGCUGACAAUAUGCAGCUUUAUCCACCUGAAGACUAUCUUACAGGACACAAACUCCUGUUCACUUUUGAUAAACAGGCAAUAAAUGAUUGUAUGGAACAUCUAAGAGGAGACAGUUGUAAUGUAAUGAUCACCUCCAAUAAUUACACUGAGAGUGAUUGCCCCUUGAAAGAACACUGGUUUGGUACACAUUACUCUGUGGAAGAUAUCAGUGAAAAACAGUUACAAUCCUGGACUGAUAUUGAGGUGAAUAGCGAGCUGUUUUUGCCAAAGGAGAACCAGUUUAUUGCUACAGAUUUUACUCUGAAAGACCUUCCUGCUGAUGAUAUCAAACCGACUCCUCAGCUGGUCUCAUCUUCCAGUCAGCAUAAACUGUUCUUCAAGAAAGAUACUAAGUUCAAUGUGCCAAAAGGUUACAUCUAUAUGCAUUUGAAAAGCCCUGUUGUCUGUGAUAACUUGAAAAGUUCAGCUCUGUUUGAUUUGUUUGUGGCAAUUCUCAACCAGAACAUCUCGGAACCAACUUAUCCUGCCGUCGUAGCUGGAUACAAAAUUGGAUGUAGCUGUGAUCCUACCCAGACUGGUUUGGUGGUGGAAGUGGAUGGGUUUAACCAUAAAAUACAGGAGGUGCUGCUGCUAACAUUUGACUUGAUUUUGAAUUUCUCAUGCUCUGACGACCUCUUUGAUGCAAUGAAAGCUGAACUGAAGAAAACAUACCAUAAUGAAAUUAUGAAGCCCUCUAGUGCUGCAAGGGUUUUACGUUGGUUGGUGACAGAGAAGCGUUACUGGUCCCAUGCCGACAAGUACAGGAUUGUUGAUGACCUUACAAAGCCGGAACUCAUGCGUCUAGUCAGUCUGUUCCUUGAACAAAUAUUUACCGAAUCUCUUGUUAUUGGAAACUUCACUAAACAGGAGGUGGUUGCAAUGAAUAAUGAGGUGCUAUCCAAACUGAACUGCCAGAAAACUGUUGACGAAACAGUUCUUCAGAACAAUUUAUUGGCAGUACCAGCAGAGAAGCUGUACUGUCAGAUCAAGAGUUUUAAUCCAGAGGAUACAAUGUCAUGUGUACACAAUUAUUACCAGAGUCAACCUGGUUCUUUGUUGAGAUGCUGUCUCAAUGAAGUUCUUUGUACUCGUAUGACAGAGCCAUGUUUCAACACAUUACGUACAAAACAACAGCUGGGUUACAGUGUGAGUUGUAUAAACCAUCUGACUUGUGGAAUUAUUGCCCUCGGCAUAUGUGUAGAAUGCAAGGCUCAGAAAUUCAGUAUGCAGUAUGUGGAUGAGCAGAUUGAGAAAUUUCUUCUGGAGAUGAAAGAGAUUCUCUACAGCAUGACACAGGAAGAAUUUGAUACCUUGAUAGACUCCGAGAUUACCUUGAAGAGAACAGAGGACACACACCUAGAGGAAGAGGCUGCCCGACACUGGAGAGAGAUUGUGGAACAAACUUACGUCUUUGAUAGGCUAGAGAAAGAGGUAGCCAUUCUGAAGACAUUGACCUUAAAGACAUUACAAGAUUGGUAUACUGAGGAAUACUUGGGAGAAAAACAGAGAAAAAUCAGUUUUCAGGUAAUUGGUUGCCAGGAGAACGCUUCUAACAAGCUUUCAGAUGAAACUGAUCAUACUGUCAAGUGUCUGAGGGACCCGGAGCAGAGUCAGUCCCUACCUAUAGAUGAUAUAGAGUCCUUCAAACAGUCCUGCAAGCAACUUCCACACACCAAAGUGGUUUCUUGAUACUGACCUUUUGUUAGCUAUUUAUUACAAAAUAAAUUUUUAUUCAAACAUA